AUGUCGAAAAUCACCAUUCUAGGCGCCGGGAUCACCGGUAUGUCAAUUGCUAGUCAAUUGCCUAAAGGUGCAGAUGUUACCAUCCUGGGCGAAUUUCUUCCGGGGGACCCUAUGGAUCAGCGCUAUGUGAGCCAGUGGGCAGGCGCUAUAUGGCUUGGUGUUCAUGAUUUGCCACUGCGGGAACAGGAGAUGCAGCUGAACAGCUUCUCGGAACUAUGGCGUAUUGCCGAGCGAUACCCCGAGUCCGGCGUUCGCCAGAUUGAGAUGACUGAGGUCAUGGAUAUUGGUGACCCAGCAAAGGUUUGGUAUCAAGGAAAGCUUCCAGGUUUCCGCUUUUUAGCACCUUCUGAAUUGCCAGACGGCGCGAAAUGGGGUACCAAAUUUCAGACGGUCGUCAUUACACCCCCCAUCUUCCUCCCAUGGUUCCGAGAGAGACUGGAGCAGCGGGGUAUCAAGUUUAAGCGAACGUACGUUAAGGCGUUACGAGACUUGAAGGGGCUUGGUUCCGAUGUCCUUAUCAACGCGACAGCUUUCGGAUCCAGAAAUCUCCUUGACGUACAAGAGACGCGCAUCGCUUCCAUGCGGCAACAAAACCUUCGAAUUCGGAAGGAGGGCUAUAAUCGCUUAUAUAUCCGUCGAGGUAAGGAUGGAUACUAUUCCACUGCAUUUGCUCGUGGCGAUGGUACCAUCUAUAUUGGAGGAAUCAAAACCCAGGGUAGCCACGACUUCGAGCCCAACUUGGAGCACCGUAAGCUGAUCAUGAAGCGCCAGCACGAAAACCAGCCUGAUGUUUUCCCAUCACCCGACGUCAAAGACUACGAUUUCAUCACCGAUCACGUUGGCGUAUUUCCUUUCAUAGAAGCAAAAAAUGGCGGCGUUCGCGUGGAAAAGGAGGUCAUCCAAGGACAAAAGGUCAUUCACGCGUACGGACAAGAAGCUGGUGGUUAUACAUUCAGCUUUGGUCUUGCCCAGCAGGUCUCAAACUAUGUCCAGGAGUAUUUGAGCGAACUGCCCAAAUCGGCAGAACCUAUCCCAAGCAAGCUGUAA